AUGGAAAAGUCCCUUGAUGAUGAAGAUUUUGACAUUCCUGGGGAAAAAGAAUAGCAUUUUUUUUUAAAAAAAAAAUAUUUAUUCAGUAUAAUAAAAUAUAUGUCAAUCAUAGACACACUUACACGUCAAAUAGCAGAGGUAAAAAAGCAGAUCGAAAAGGCCCAAAAUGUAAAUAAAACCAAAGCUUUAGAGCUCCAGCGGGCUAAAGACCAAAGAAAAGCAAGACUGGUGCUCAACUGUUUGAAGCUAAAAAAGCAGGUCUAUGACCUAAAAGCAUUUUUGGAUGAAAAUAGAAAACAAUGAGCUUUGGAUAUAAGGGAACGCCAGACUACGAUUUUGGUAAGAGUUAUUUAGCAAUAUAGUACUUAUUUAAAGCAAGAACGAUAUCUAAAAGUCAAAUAUUUAAGUGAGAUAGAACAAGCUCUGAUAAUCCCAACUCUUAUUCAGCUCAAUUUAAACAAAAAUUCAAAACUUCAAGGGAUUUUUGCCUCUAUUCAGGAGGAAGAGACCACUGGGAAUUAUAUACCGACUUUAAGCUUGGAACCAAGUGAGGUAACUCAAGGAAAAAUAGAGGAAAACGAGGAAAGAUAUUUAAGCUCACAUUUAAAAGCAGCUAUUGAAGGUAGCCAGAGCACAGAAAAGCCAGAAAUGACCAAUUCGCUUCAGUCUAAUGUGGAGGAUAUCAGAAGAGAUUUAAGGAGAUUUAUCAAUAAAAUGAAAAGCAGCGACUUAGAGGAUGGCGUAAGCUAUUUACUUAAAGAUUCUGUGAUGGAAAGUAUAUCUAGCUCAUCAAUUGAUUUGAAAAUAUUAGAUAGCUCGAAAGCAGAGAAAAUGAAGCUAUUUCAAGCUUUUCCUUCAGGGGAAAAUAUUUCCUCGAUACAAAAUUCUAAGUCAUUUGGGCAUAAUAGUGUGUUUUCAUUUAGCAAUCCUGAUUUCACAAUUCCGAUUCCUGAAGAUAUUAAUAUCAAUGGAAAAUCUGUCAAAAAUAGACUAAAAAUUGAUAAUGACUUUUCAUAGUAUCAGCAAAAUAAUUAUAUUUUUAUAUAAAAUAAAAGGAAUUUAAAAAAAAAUAAUUAAUUUCUUUUCAAGUGAUUGAAAAAUCGAUAAUGAGUUAUGAGCAAUGAAAUUUACAAAUCAAUCAGAAGACGAAAACGAAAGGAAGCCUGCAGUUUUGGACUCUUCAGUACACAAAAGAAAACCUCCUAGAAAGCUAAAAGAAGUCGUUCAUGGUUCUGAAAGCUCAGAAGAAUUCAGCUCGAUGUAUUCAAUGAGUAACAAUAAUUUUAUUUCAUAUCAAAUUAAUGAUUCUAAUGAGCAUCAUGAAGAAAAACACAAUGAAGAAUACAAUGGGACUGAACAAGAAGAAAGACACCCGCUCUCAGUGAAAUGCACACAGACUGAAAAAACUAAAAAAAGUAGCUUGAAAAAGAUUUUUUGCUGUUUUUGUAAGUAA